GGGGCCAGGGGGCGGUAGGGGUGGAGAUGUUGUGCAGUGCUCCUCAGCUGAUGUGCCGCAUUAGCGAGAAAUAUUCCUCCCAUGGUAAAUUACCGAAUAUUUGCCAGACGACACUUUGUUUGUGCCUCUAUUUACAGUUUACUAGGGCGCAUGUAACAAAUUAUUGAUGUAUAUUUAUCCGCAACAAUGAACCCAUCGAUAGAGCCUAGCUCAAUGAGCUGGGUAUUCAAAUGGAAUUGGGAGGAAAUGUGUGGCCCAGAUGGGUUAACCAUCUGGUCCCCUAUUCAUCAGGACUUGGGGGUCUGCUUCCAAAAACUAUGCCUCCAAGUACCUUUCUUAACUCUUCUUGCUGCCGUAUCAGCAUUUUACUGUGGAAGACAGGACAGAUGGGUUGUUAGAGAUCCGAAUAUGAUCAGAGUUAUUUUAGUUCGAUCAAUUAUAGCUCUUAUUCUAGCCAUUGAGCCCAUAAUAAGAGUGUGCUAUAGCAUUAAGGAUGCCCCAACAUCAUUGCAUCCUGUCGACUAUCUUUUGUAUGGAGUGGAAAGUUUUGCCUGGCUGGUGCAUUUCGGAUUUGUCCUGGCUCUGAGACAUCGUCUCGGAGUAAGCCCUAGAGGGCCAAUCAUAGUCUGUGUGUUGUGGACUCUUGUGUUGAUGCUCAAUAUCGUCUCAGUACGCUCCAUUGCAAGAAUAAUUAGAGAAGGAGAUCCUGCCCACUCUACCUACACAUAUUAUUAUGCUGAAAUUAUUUCACUAUCCAUACAUUGUCUAUAUCUCUUAACAUUAGUUCCUGGAAGGUGUGGUACUCAUGCCGCCUAUAAUAGAAUGAUUUAUCGUGAACAGCACCCAGGAGCCGUGCAGAAUGAUGAAAGACAAGGCCUGCUGAGCUCGCGACAUGCCUACAGUGGUUUUAGAGAGGAGGAGGAACCUGGAUACUUGGGUGUCGCCAUGGAGGACUCAACCUUCUCUUCUCGUUUGUUUUUCCAUUGGGUGCGACCUUUAAUGGUAAAAGGUGUUGAAGGACAACUUCAUAAUGUGGACGAUCUUUUUGAUCUGCCGGAGGAUCUCUCCCCCUCCUUCAUCCAUGCUCAGCUGGAACAGGCUAUCGGCCGAUCAUGUGCUCUUCACUCUGAAAAAGCCAGCAUAAGCUCAGGCCAGUAUGGCAGUAUUCAAGGGCCGUCAUCAUCAGCACAGUGUGCCCCCACCUGUGCCCAGUCAGUUGAAGAUGUGCAUGUGGUUUCAUCCCCACUGUCACUGAUGCGAGCAUUACAUUCCUGUUUCGCAUGGGAGUUUUAUAGUAUUGGCAUUUUGAAAUUUGUUGGAGACAUUGUAGGGUUUGCAUCUCCUCUCUUGUUGAAACAGUUGGUAGAGUUCAUUGAGACUAAAUCUGAAAAGAAGGAAGAUGGGUAUUUCUAUGCCAUCGGUCUUUGUCUGGCAGCGCUUAUUUCUGCUUUAUGCAAUGCACAUUUCAACUUUUUAAUGGCGAAGGUUGGAAUGAAAAUUCGUUCUGCAAUUGUCACCCUUGUGUACAGAAAAACACUAACUUUGAGUCCCAAAUCCUUUUCAUUGUUCAGCUCUGGUGAGGUUGUGAACUUCAUGAGUACAGACACUGACAGAAUAGUCAAUUCAUGUCCCAGUUUUCAUGCUUUUUGGAGCAUCCCGUUCCAGUUGGCUGUGACAUUUUACCUCCUUUACAAUGAAGUUGGCUUAGCAUUCUUAGCUGGAGUUUGCUUUGCUGUGGUGCUUAUUCCAAUAAACAAACUAAUUGCUAUGAAAAUUGGUUCUUUAAGCACGAAAAUGAUGGAGAAGAAGGAUAAAAGAGUAGAAAUGUGCUCUGAAGUUUUGCAAGGAAUACGGACAUUGAAAAUGCAUGUUUGGGAAGAGCAUUUCCUUAGCAAGAUUCUACGUAUAAGAGAAAGUGAGCUGUAUUAUUUGAAGGGAAGAAAAUAUCUUGAUGCCAUGUGCGUGUUCUUCUGGGCCACUACUCCAGUAAUAAUUGCAGUUUUGACCUUUACAUGCUACUUUUUCCUUGGAGGACAGCUUACUGCAGCCAGAGUGUUUACAACAAUUGCUCUGUUAAAUAUGCUGAUUUCACCUUUGAAUGCUUUUCCUUGGGUAUUAAAUGGCCUUGUUGAAGCAUGGGUCUCAGUUUCUCGCAUACAAAAACUCCUCACACUUUCAGACCUAGAUUUACAUGAAUACUAUCAUCCACUUCCAAUUGACAACGACAAUAUUGCAGUCAUCAUUCGAAAUGGUAAAUUUGAAUGGGGAAGUGAUGUAUCUGAAGAAAAGUUCCAACUGAAUGAUAUAAACUUCACAAUACACAAGGGCCAGAUGGUUGGAGUCAUCGGAGAAGUUGGAAGUGGCAAAUCAACUUUGUUGGCUUCAAUGUUAGCUGAGCCGGAAAAGUUGUCAGGUGUGGUGGCAGUAGACAAUGCGGAUCAAGGUGUUGCUUAUGUGGCUCAACAAACAUGGCUUCAGCGUGGAACUAUCCGAGACAACAUCUUAUUUGGCAAACCAUUUGAUCAAAUACGUUAUAAAUCAGUGCUUGAAGCCUGUUGUCUGAGAGAUGAUCUGCUUGUUCUGCCUAAUGGAGAUCUAUAUGGAGUAGCUGAAGGAGCCUCUAAUCUAAGUGGAGGUCAGAAAGCUAGGAUUGCCUUGGCCAGAGCUGUGUAUCAGGAUAAGUCUAUCUAUAUUUUUGAUGAUAUACUAUCAUCAGUUGACCCUCCAGUUGCAAAUGCUAUUUUUAACAAGUGCAUCCUCAAGUUUUUGAAUGGCCGAACACGUAUACUUUGUACCCAUUAUGCACAAUGCCUGAGAUAUGCUGAUGUAGUUUUGAAAAUGACAAAGGGGCGUGUCGUGGAAAUGGGUUCUCCCUCCGAUGUUCUCCCUGAGGAAAUGGAAAAUUUAGCUCUUCUUGAUUCUGAUACCUUCCAAGACAAUGCUAAACCUCUUAAGAAAAUUAGUAGAGAUGAAGAUUGUUCAGCAAGGCUGGAGGAUGAUGUACUCCUGGAUGAACAUCGCGAAACGGGCACUGUGAGACUUAGAGUGUAUGGUGCAUACUGGAAGGCUUUCACUCCGCUGCUAUCAGUCGCAACAUUGCUCUCACUUGUCUUAAUGCAAACAUCGAGAAAUCUUUCGGAUCUGUGGAUGUCCUAUUGGGUUUCGCAUAAUGGCAGUAGUCCAUUUCCUAACAUGUCCAACACAGUUUCUUCCCAGUUUCAAGGCAUUGACGAAACCCCUGAUCAAAGGACCAUUUCCUUCUACCUUACUGUGUAUGCAACUAUUGCUGGUCUGAACUCCUUUUUCACCUUGCUAAGGGCCUUUCUAUUUGCGUAUGCUGGCAUUCAUGCAGCCACAGGUCUCCACAAGCAACUUAUGAAAACUAUUAUGCGGGCAAGAAUUUUCUUUUUUGAUGUGUCACCUUUGGGACGAAUAUUGAACCGCUUGUCCUCUGACACUUACACAGUUGAUGACUCAUUGCCCUUCAUCCUCAACAUUUUGUUAGCACAACUGUUUGGCUUAUUGGGUACAAUUGUUGUGACAAUUUAUGGGCUUCCAUGGGUGGUCCUUGUGCUGGUUCCUUUGGGUCCUAUUUACCACUGGCUUCAGGAGCAGUACCGCCAAACUUCUCGAGAGCUGAAAAGAAUAUCUAGUGUCACACUUUCACCUGUUUAUUCGCAUUUUAGUGAAUCAAUUCUUGGUCUGUCCACAAUCCGGGCAUUUCGUGCCAGUUACAGGUUUAAGCGAUACAAUGAAAAUCUUCUAGAUUGUAAUCAGAGGGCUAAUUUAGCGACUCAGGCCGCAUCUCAAUGGCUUGGGCUACGGUUGCAGUUGAUGGGAGUUGCAGUAAUCUCAGGUGUUGGCUUGAUAGCUGUUAUUCAACACCAAUUUGAUGUUGCUGAUCCAGGUAUUGUUGGCCUGGCUAUUGCUUAUGCACUUUCUGUCACAAGCAUGAUGGGAGGUGUUGUUAAUGCAUUGACUGAAACUGAACGAGAGAUGGUUGCUGUGGAAAGAGUUCACCAGUAUAUUGCUGAAAUUCAAUGUGAAUCACAAAAAUCUGCAUUGCAGCCAGCUCCCUAUGCCUGGCCAUCUCAAGGUGUUGUGCAGUUCCAGAAUGUUAUUUUAAAGUACAGGGAGCAUUUAUCACCAUCCUUGAAACAUGUUAGUUUUCAUACAAGGCCUUCUGAAAAGAUUGGUGUUGUUGGCAGAACAGGAGCUGGCAAGAGUUCGCUCCUUGCCGCACUAUUUCGUCUUGUUGAAACGUCAAAUGGGUGCAUUCUUAUUGACUCUGUUGACAUCGCAAACUUGAGCCUUAAUAGUCUGAGGUCUCGUCUAGCAGUUAUUCCUCAAAAUCCAUUUUUAUUUGCGGGAACUGUGCGAGACAACAUAGAUCCUCUCAAGCAGUAUCACGAUCAUGAGGUUUAUGAUGUUUUAAACCGUUGUCAUAUUGUUGAUGUUGUGAGGCGAAUGGGAGGCUUAAGUGCUCAUGUUGGGUCUGGAGGUUCUUGCUUUUCUGCUGGUCAAAAACAGCUGCUUUGUCUCACAAGGGCCAUUUUACAGAAUGCCAAGGUCCUCUGCAUUGAUGAAGCAACAGCAAAUGUUGAUCAGGAAACAGAUCGUCUCAUUCAAAAAACAAUUAGAGCCGCUUUCAGGCAAAGUACUGUUAUUACUAUAGCCCAUCGUAUUGACACCAUAAUGGAUUCUGAUAGGGUUCUUGUUAUGGCUGGUGGGGAAGUUUUAGAAUUUGAUAGCCCUGAUGUAUUGAUGGAAGAUAGAUCUUCUCACUUCUACCACCUUGCAACUCAACUGCAAAACAAUUACUAAGUUACUUCACCAUUUUGUGAUGUAACCAUUUCUCUGAGAAGUGUUAGUCAUGCCAAAAGGUGAUGGUUUGAUAUGUCACCAAAUUAACUUAUCUAAAAGAAGAGUGCAGCCAACUGAUUAUAGAGCUGCCCUUUUGGUUUUAAUUUUGUACUUUGGCUGUGAAUCAUGAUACUUUUGUACUUUUAUCUCUAUGUAUUUAUUGUAUAAGGAUCAGUGUAUUUUAUGAUGACAUCUCCAUAGGGUGGUGCUUUGUAUUUCUUAAGUUACUUUUUCCUAUUUUCAUGUGCAAUCUUAUUUCAUAUUCAUGUUGCCAUUUAAUGUAAAAUUGUUUAGACUGGUGAUGUAACUGGACAAUACUGCAAAGUGACUGUUACUUGACUUCUUGAAUAUUGUUGUGAAGAUCAAUAAAAUCAUCAAUUAUUUUA